AUCGGUUUCAGUCACCGACCGGUAGCCGCGAGCUUUCAGCGCCACUAAACGGGUUUAGCGGCAGCAGCGAUUAUUCCUGGACUAAAGAGAAAGCAGUACUGCAGGACUGGAGUUGAGCAACUAUUUUUGAAGUUUGAUGCAACUUUACCGCUAAAAGAGUACACAACAGACCGCUCUGAGGACUCUUCAGCCCGUGGUCAUGGACUAAAGAGCGGAGCCAGGCGUCCGGCCUGCGGAUCAUAACGUUAGCUGCCCGGCUAGCGGAUGGGAAGCUCUACCCUUGUUUGGGUCGCUGUGCUAACUGGCUACGUGCUAUCUUUGUUAGCAUAACAAUUAGCCAGGCUUGUUUUGAUGUUGGCAUAUUGAAGAAACCUGCUGUGUGCAACUACAAUUACACAUUUCUGGAACUUUCUCUAAGUUUUAAAUGAACCUUCGCAGCUAAUGUUGCUCAAUAAGUAAGCUAGCGAGCUAACGUAAAGUCUUUGUCAUACAAAGUAUAGUUUUUUUGGCAGAGAUGAUUUGUGGGAUUAAAUAAUCUCUCUUCGUUUUUUUUUAAGGAUUGCAGACUGAUCUUCAAUCAUAAAUUAAACACAAUCCAGACUGCACAGUCUCUCUGCCCCUCCACUGUCCUUUAUACCCCGUCCCACCGACCACUGUCUUCUAUCUUCGGCCGGCUUCAGUGGCUGGCCACACGGACCUGAGUGCCCAAUGGAGGAUCAUGACAAUAUGGACUAUUUUUACCAGCAGUUAGUGCAGAAAGAUGUUAGCCGCAGGUUGCAGGUGGGUCAGGACCUCAUUGACUACCUGAAUGAUCCGGACCGCUCCUCGGACGUGGAGCAGGACAAACCCCGGCUCGAUAAAACCAUCGACGAGCUGGCAGGAUGGGUGAACUCCAGCAAUUUCAAGGUGGCGCUGCUGGGAAUAGACAUCUGCGGUGCCUUUGUGGACCGGCUGGGAGAGCGGUUCAGAGGAUACCUGUGCACAGUUCUUCCAGCUCUGGUGGACCGGCUGGGCGAUGGGAAGGACCAGGUCAGGGAGAACAGCCAAGCUCUUAUCCUGCGCUGUAUGGAGCAGAGUGCCUCGCCCAUGUUCGUUUGGGAAAGGCUACUUCCUGGUUUUAAACACAAGAACUUCCGCAGUCGAGAAGGAAUCUGCCUCUGUCUCAUUGCCACGCUCAGCACGUAUGGAGCCCAGCCAUUGAGCCUCAGUAAACUGGUUCCUCAUCUCUGCACGUUGACUGGAGACCAGAACCCACAGGUACGCGAGGCCUCCAUAGCAGCACUGGUGGAUGUUUAUCGUCACGUUGGAGAGAGGGUCCGAGCAGACCUGGGAAAGAGAGGACUGCCCGCUGCAAGGUUACAGACGUUAUUCUCUCGUUUUGAUGAAGCCUUGAGUUCAGGCAACAUGGCUCUCAGCCCGAGUCACGAUCGUAGUUUUGAAGAUGAUGACAGUGUGGAUGGGAAUCGUUCUUCAGCCCAGGCCUUCAAGGUCCCAAAAGUUCCCAAGAAGCCGGAGCCCUCCGCCGCGCGCAGGCCCAGCGCAACCGGUGGCAAGCUCGUAUCCAAGGAAAGUGCCUGCGGCGGAAUGGAUGAAGAGGACUUCAUCAGAUCCUUCACAGAUGUCCCUACUGUCCAGAUUUACUCGGCGAGGGAUCUCGAAGACAACCUGAACAAGAUCCGUGAGAUCUGCUCCGACGACAAACACGAAUGGGACCAGAGAGCCGCCGCUAUGAAGAAGAUCCGCUCACUGUUGGUGGCGGGCGCUACCACCUACGACUGUUUCUUCCAGCACCUCCGGCUACUGGAUGGAGCCUUCAAACUGUCGGCUAAAGACCUGCGCUCACAAGUGGUCCGAGAGGCCUGCAUCACUGUGGCCCACCUUUCAACAUUGCUGGGGAAUAAAUUUGACCACGGAGCAGAAGGUAUCGUUCCCGUCCUGUUCAACCUCGUCCCAAACUGCGCCAAAGUCAUGGCCUCUUCCGGCGUGGCAGCUAUCCGCAUCAUCAUACGGCACACCCACGUCCCCAGACUCAUCCCCCUGAUAGCCAGUCACUGCGCAUCCAAGUCUGUGUCGGUCAGAAGGCGCUGUUAUGACUUCCUGGACCUUCUGCUACAGGAAUGGCAAACCCACUCUUUGGAGAGGCACACAGCAGUGCUGGUUGAGAGCAUCAAGAAGGGGCUUCGAGAUGCAGACUCAGAGGCCAGAGUGGAGGCUCGCAAGGCGUAUUGGGGUCUGAGGAACCAUUUCCCAUCGGAGUGUGACGCUCUCUACAACUCCUUGGAGCCGUCUUACCAGAAGACUCUGCAGUCCUGCCUGAAGAGCUCCGGCAGCGUGGCCUCACUUCCCCAGAGCGACCGCUCCUCGUCCUCCUCUCAGGAGAGCCUCAAUCGGCCUCUGACUUCUAAAUGGUCAGCAGCUCCGGGGCGAGUCCCUACGGUUUCAAAGGGUGGGCUGUCGGCGGCCUCCCUGCAGCGUUCCCGUAGCGACGUGGAUGUAAACGCAGCAGCAGUCGCUAAGCACCGGCAGGUCGGACAGGCCAGGGGAGCCGGGCGUCUGACCCCUGGCUCCUACUCCUCUCUGGAUGAUGCCUCUGAUAAACCGGAUGGGACGAAGUCAGACAAUGGCCGUUUACGUACCAAGCAGCCGCUGUCCACCGCCAGCAGCAUGUCCAGCCAGGUGGACUCCAGAGGACGCAGCCGCACCAAGAUGGUGUCCCAGUCACAACGUUCCGAAGAAUCCGAUUGCACGCCAGGAUCUCAGUCUGCUACCCCUGUCGGUGCUGGCAGUCGGAGUGGCUCCCCGGGUCGAGUGCUGACGACCACGGCCCUGAGCACCAUGAGCUCCGGGGCCCACAGGGUGCUGGCCGGCUCCAGCGGGGACAAAAACAGACGCAGCCGCAUCCCCCGCAGCCAGGGCUGCUCCAGAGACUCCUCCCCCACACGCCUGUCUGUCGCUCCUUCCAGCAUUAGCUCCAUCUACAACGGAGCGGCCAGAGGAGCUCGGGGCAGUCGUAUCCCUCGGCCCAGUAUGAGUCAGGGCUGCAGCAGAGAGGCCAGCAGGGAGAGCAGCCGGGACACCAGCCCCGUACGCUCCUUCACUCCCCUCGCAACGCGGAGCUACUCUCGCUCCACCGGAGCGCUCCACGCACCUGACGUUUUUGGUGCUGCAGGAUCAGGUUUAGGUAUCAGUCAGUCCAGUCGCCUCUCUUCUUCAGUCAGCGCCAUGAGGGUCCUCAACCCAGGCUCAGACGUCGAAGAGGCUCUUGCAGAUGCAUUGCUGUUGGGAGACAUGCGGUCUAAGAAGAAGCCAGCACGGCGGCGGUAUGAGAACUACAGCAUGUACUCUGACGACGACGCUAACAGCGACGCGUCCAGCGCCUGCUCAGAGCGCUCCUACAGCUCAAGGAACGGAGGAGCCAUCCCCACCUACAUGAGGCAGACAGAAGACGUAGCUGAGGUGUUGAACCGUUGUGCCAGUGCUAACUGGUCGGAGAGGAAGGAGGGGCUGUUGGGCCUCCAGGCGCUGCUGAAGAACCAGCGCACCCUCAGUCGGGUAGAGUUGAAGAGGCUGUGUGAAAUCUUCACCAGGAUGUUUGCAGACCCCCACAGUAAGCGAAACUCCGGCAGAGUGUACGGCACGGCAGAAUCCGGUAUAAGCUCAGCCUCCUUCAAGAGAGUCUUCAGUAUGUUCCUGGAGACACUGGUAGAUUUCAUCCUGGUUCAUAAGGAGGAUCUGCAGGACUGGCUGUUCGUCCUGCUCACACAGCUUCUGAAGAAGAUGGGAGCGGACCUGCUGGGUUCUGUUCAGGCCAAAGUCCAGAGAGCGCUGGACAUCACACGAGACUCGUUCCCCAAUGACCUGCAGUUCACUAUUCUCAUGAGGUUCACUGUGGACCAGACACAGACGCCAAACCUCAAGGUGAAGGUGGCGAUUCUGAAGUACAUCGACACGCUGACGUUACAGAUGGAGGCUCCAGACUUUGUGAACUCCAGCGAGACUCGACUGGCCAUCUCCCGCAUCAUCACCUGGACGACCGAACCCAAGAGCUCUGACGUCAGAAAGGCAGCCCAGUCGGUGUUAAUCUCGCUCUUCCAGCUCAAUACUCCGGAGUUCACCAUGCUGCUGGCAGCUCUGCCCAAAACCUUUCAGGACGGAGCCACCAAGCUGCUUCAAAACCAUCUGAAGAACACUGGCAACGCUGCGCAGGCACCAAUGGGCAGCCCUCUGACGCGCCACACCCCCCGGUCUCCUGCAAACUGGUCCAGCCCGGUCACAUCGCCCACCAACACCUCCCAGAACACCCCCUCACCAAGUGCAUUUGACUACGACACAGAGAACAUGAACUCGGAGGACAUCUACAGCUCUCUGAAAGGCGUCACUGAGGCCAUCCAGAACUUCAGCGUCCGCAGCCAGGAGGACAUGAACGAACCCAUCCACCGGCAGGGAGAGGAGGGAGACAGCGGAACGGACUUUGUGGACGGAGGCCGCAUGGCUCUGGACAACAAGACGUCCCUCCUCAACACCCCCCUGCUGUCCUCCAGCCCCCGAGGGGCCCGAGACUUCUUAGACUCUCCCUAUAAACACGGCCGCAAAGACACCAGCAUGGACGACUCGGAGCAGCUCACAGAUGAAAGCAGCCUGGACCAAUCAGAGCUGGUGGCCGAGCUGCUGAAAGAGUUGUCCAAUCACAACGAGCGCAUCGAGGAGAGGAAGACAGCGCUGUGCGAUCUGCUGAAGCUGAUCCGCGAGAACGCGCUGCUGGUGUGGGACGAGCACUUCAAGACCAUCCUGCUGCUCCUGCUGGAAACCAUGGGAGACAGAGAGCAUGUGAUCCGAACGCUGGCUCUGCGGGUGCUGAGAGAGAUUCUGGGGAAGCAGCCCUGGAGGUUUAAAAACUAUGCAGAGCUCACCAUCAUGAAGGCCCUGGAGGCUCACAAAGACCCCCACAAGGAGGUGGUGCGAGCAGCAGAGGAGACGGCUGCCAUGUUGGCGUUGUCCAUCAGUCCAGACCAGUGUGUCAAAGUGUUGUGUCCCAUCAUCCAGUCAGCUGACUACCCCAUCAACCUGGCUGCCAUCAAGAUGCAGACCAAGGUAGUGGAGAGGGUUCCCCGCGAGGGCCUGAUGAGCCUGCUGCCGGAGAUAGUGCCAGGACUCAUACAGGGUUACGACAACCCUGAGAGCAGUGUAAGGAAAGCCUGUGUGUUCUGCUUGGUUGCCAUUUACGCAGUGAUCGGAGAGGACCUCAAACCGCACCUCAACCAGCUCUCCAGCAGCAAGCUGAAGCUGUUGAAUCUGUACAUCAAGCGCGCCCAGUCCGGCUCCAGUGGUGGUGAGCCCCCGUCUGACUGCCUAUAGGAGACCCGCCGCCCUCCCACAGGGCAACCACAGAACUGCAUCUCUGCCCACCAAACACAGACAUCAGUUCACGAGCUCACACCCACACAGGCCGAGAACAAACACACAUCCUAACAGAUUUCACAGGAGCCAACCGCAUACAUCCACACGUACGCUUGCAAAGUGACACACACACACACACACACACACACACACACACACACACACACACACACACACACACACAGGUGCACACAGGUGCACACAGUCCACGUACAUUUCCUCUCCCUCUACCAGAUGGGAGUUGUGGUGCAGAAGAGGAGUGUUGUUGUUCUCCCAACCAUCGCUGAGGAUGCUCCCUGAUCUCAGACUGAACUGAACCCUCACACAAACAGAUAAUACACAUUCAGUCCCACCCAAGUUUGUCACUAAUCUCUCAAAGGAUGAAGACACUAAAUGUCCGUCCUCUAUCCUGAGCACCACAGCGUCCCCUCUGAAUAACACGUCAAUGUCAACAGGAAGUGGUGCGUCUCAUUUUUAAAGGGGGGGGUGUGGUUCAUAGAGCAGGCCUGAGACAAAGGUGCCGUCUUGUGUCUUUAUUGAACAGUGGGGCCAGAUAGACAGGAAUGUAAAUUGACAUUGUCAUAUUUUUUGAUUUAUUUUACGCAAUGAGGUUUUACUGCAGCGGUUUUUAAUGUCCGGAGUUUUCACAUAAACAUACACUUUCUCUUUUUUCAAAAAGGUGCUGCUUAGCCUAAAAGGUACGACCAAACAACCGCACACAGCACUAACGCAAGUCACAGCGGGACGGCCUGCUCACAGCGACUACAGAACAGAUUCCAAAUUGUAGAAGGUGUAAUGUGCUUGGCUAUGCAUGAGACUACAUUUAAAAAGGUUUUAUUGAAGGUCAGUCAGAAAAGCGUGGCUGAUGUUUUAAAUUAAUGUGAACAAUGUCCACCCCUUUCAGAAAAAUUCAUGGUCUCCAUUUCUCCCAGCUCAUCUUGGAUCGGUCCACUUCUGGGCGACAUGGGGGGGGAAAACGGGUGCUUACUACAUGAAGUAUGACAGGACAUGGCUUAUUAUCACAUAGUGGAUAUGUAUCUAUAUAUGAUAUUCAAAUUAAAUAUCCAUUAACUGUGUCAUUUAGAAAUGUACCCGGGGGGGUGCGCACCUGUGCCCAUCGUUUUUUUUGUUACCUCUUUGUUGCUCUACCCGUAGUCUCUCUUUCGAACUCACAUUUAUUUUUUCUCUGCUGAGAAAUCUGUAGAAAUUAAUUAUUUACAGCUCUGAAAAAAUUAUUGUCAUGUCACCCUUUUCUCUCCUCUUCAUCGUGUCUUUCUUUCCCUGCUCUUCUUGUAACAUUCUAGUUUUCACUGUUGUGUUUCCUCUGUACAUUUACAAAGCUGUGCUUACAUUACAAUAAAGAACUUGUACAGAUCAUGA